UUUUUAGCUCCAGAGAUGCUGAAGCUGGACCCCGUGACUGCACAUCCCCUCCUGGAGCUCUUCAAGGGUGACACAGUGGUGCAGUGCGGACUGUACCAGCGCCGGGACAGCAACCCCAAGCGUUUCAACUCCAGCAACUGCAUUCUCACCAGCAAGGGCUUCUCCUGUGGUCAGCACUACUGGGAGGUGAUCGUGGGCACCCGGAACCACUGGCGCGUGGGCAUCAUCAAGGGUACGGUGAGCCGCAAAGGGAAGCUCAGCAAGUCUCCUGAGCACGGCGUGUGGCUCAUUGGCCUAAAGGAAGGCAAAGUCUACGAGGCCUUCACCACCCCCCGGGCCACCCUGCCCCUGACUGCCCGACCUCAGCGCAUCGGCAUCUAUCUGCACUAUGAGAAGGGAGAGCUGACCUUCUACAAUGCCGACAGCCCUGACGAGCUCAGCCCCAUCUACACCUUCCAGGCGGAGUUCCAGGGCCAGCUCUACCCUAUUGUGGACCUGUGCUGGCCAGAGCGAGGGCCCUACUCCGUGCCCAUCAUCCUGCCCACGCCUGCCAUGAGCCAGCACCCCGCUGGGCCCUACAAACAUCCUACCCCCGAGGAACCCACCAAACCGUAG